UUCUAAUGAACUUAUUAAUAACAUUAAUAAGCAUCUCUCAUCUUAUCAUAAAAACAUAAUCUGUUUAUUCUUGUUCUGGAUUAUUUGGUAUUGGAUAGCUUAAAGUAGUUAUUUAUACGCAUGAGGACUUAUAGAUCAAGAAGCUUCAUAUCUUUAGCUACAUUGUUAGUUGUUUAAGCCUUUGUCUCUCUGUUUGCUGCACUAAACACGUGAAAUUCUGAAGUGGAGUAUAUAUUCUGGAAUCUUUUGUUGUUAUAUGAAUCUCUUUACGCCUAUUAAUCAAUUUUCUUAGCAUUGCUUUACAUUUAACAACUUAAAGGUAUAUAUUCUUAAUCCAUAGACAAAGACCACACCACCCAUAUAUGCUUAUUAGUGAAGAAAAACAGAUUCUUGAUUCUGUUUUAUCUUUGGAAAGAUUGGUAACUUACAGAUGUAUUGAGAUUCUUCGACGACUUUAGGAGCAUUUUAACAGUGACUUGAAAGAAUUUGCAUACCGUGAAAUGUGGAAGGAAAGAAAGAAAAUGAAAAGUGUUGAGAAACCCAAUCGUUGAAUCCAUGAGCUUCCUUGAGCUACAUCAUAUGCUUCUGGAAUUAGAUACCAUAAUACUUGUUUAAGCUGGUUUUUUGGAAAGUAAGAUUUUUCAACAUGAGUCUCUUGGCUAGGAAUAUAUGAAAAAAAAAGAAGAGGAAAGCUAAGAGCACUGAGCACAAAGAGGCAUACCAAUAUAUAAUUAUAAUAAAGUAUGGAAGGAAAAAGAACGAUUAAUUUAUAUUUGAUUUAUGAGUAUGAAGAUCAUGCCAAAUAUGCAGGAGUUGUUAUGUAACUAAAUUGCAGAAACUUUUUGAAGAGUAUCCACGCGGUGAAAAAUAUAAAUAGAGGUUGGCUGGUGUGAUUGUGAAGUAUCUUGUCGACUUUUCUCGAGCUGAGAUUUCGAUUUGGGGGUACAAAGACCUGGAAUGAAGAGAGAGAUGGGGAGAUACAAAAUGGGUUUGUGUUUCAGUGACAAGCUCAGGAUGAACAGAGGAGCUCCACCUCCGGAUGUAGUGACCGCGUUUGUAGAGUAUACCGAGGGCAGGAACCACAUGACGGCAGAGCAGCUAUGUCGGUUCUUGGUUGAGGCGCAGGACGAGACUGAGGUGUUGGUUUCAGAUGCAGAGAAGAUCAUAGAAAGAAUCACAUGUGAAAGACAUCAUAUCACUAAGUUCUUGAGGCAUACGCUGAACCUCGAUGAUUUCUUCAGUUUCUUGUUCUCAGAUGAUCUGAAUCAUUCAAUUGAUAGUAAGGUGCAUCAAGACAUGGCCUCUCCCUUGUCCCACUAUUUCAUUUACACGAGCCAUAAUUCGUAUCUGACUGGAAAUCAGAUCAACAGUGAAUGCAGCGAUGUACCUCUUAUAAAGGCAUUAAAGAGACGUGUUCGAGCUCUUGAACUUGACCUGUGGCCUAAAUCUACUAAGGACGCCAGCGCCACGCUGUUGGGAGGAUGGGCUUAUCGAUACUAGCUGGUCCAUCUUACUUUGGAAGAUAUUUGACCCCCAGAUCUUCAAGCCAAAGCAGCUGAGAUGAUGAAAGAGAUAUUCAUGGAUAUGGUUUAUUUUCCCGAGGCUGGCGGUUUAAAAGAGUUCCCUUCACCAGAAGAUCUCAAGUACAAAAUUGUAAUAUCUACAAAGCCUCCCAAAGGUAACUUAAAAAGGGACAAGGAUUCUGAGUCAGAUGUAUCAGGAAAGGCGUCAUCAGAUUUUUCAGAUGACCAAGUAGACGAUGGGAAGACUGAGGAAGAAACCAGCGAGGCCAAAAAUGAAGAGGAAGGAUUUGAUCAAGAAUCCAGCAACUUGGAUUUCCUCACCUACAGUCGCCUGAUAACGAUUCCUUCUGGAAAUGCUAAAAAUGGAUUGAAGGAAGCACUAACCAUCGAUAAUGGUGGAAUUAGACGGCUGAGUUUGAGGGAGCAGAAGUUCAAGAAAGCUACUGAAAUGUAUGGAACCGAAGUCAUGAAAUUCACACAGAAGAAUCUGUUGAGGAUAUAUCCCAAGGCCACACGAGUAAAUUCCUCUAACUAUAGGCCCUACAACGGUUGGAUGUACGGAGCUCAAAUGGUAGCUUUCAACAUGCAGGGCUAUGGAAGAGCACUCUGGAUGAUGCAUGGUAUGUUUAGGGGGAAUGGUGGAUGUGGGUACGUGAAAAAACCGGACUUUAUGAUGAAAAAUGGUCUCGGUGGAGAAGUGUUUGACCCAAAAGCGAAAUUACCCAUAAAGACAACUCUAAAAGUGAAAGUAUACAUGGGCAAAGGAUGGGACUCUGGUUUCCAGCGAACAUGUUUCAACACUUGGUCUUCUCCUAACUUCUACACAAGGGUGGGGAUAACAGGAGUAAGAGCUGAUAAAGUGAUGAAGAAAACAAAGAAAGAAGAAAAGACAUGGGAGCCAUUCUGGGACGAGGAGUUUGAGUUUCAGCUAACAGUACCGGAGCUCGCUCUGCUCAGAAUAGAAGUUCACGACUACAACAUGCCGGAGAAGGACGAUUUCUCGGGUCAGACAUGUUUGCCUGUGUCAGAGCUGAGACAAGGCAUACGUUCUGUUCCUUUGUAUGAUCGCAAAGGCGAGAGACUAGUUUCAGUUACACUUCUCAUGCGGUUUCACUUUGUUUAAAAUAAACAGAGUUUCUUUUACUUUUUCGCAUAUGAAAAACGGACUAAAUCAAUAUUUGUCAGAAUAAAAAAAGUUGGUUGACUUAGUC